CAUCCCCCGCUUGAGCCCUCCCUCUCGCCGUACCACCCAGAACCUUCCAGACUGCUGUUGUCCGGUGCACGUUGUCAAAAAUGAUCGGCCAGCAGGUUUUAGUGCUCAACCAGAAUGUGAAGAGAGAGUCGGGACGUAAAGUCCAGACGGGAAACAUCAAUGCUGCAAAGACCAUUGCAGAUGUGAUCAGAACCUGCCUCGGCCCUCGGGCCAUGAUGAAGAUGUUACUCGACCCCACCGGAGGAAUUGUCAUGACGAAUGAUGGGAAUGCCAUCCUCAGAGAGAUUCAGGUGCAGCAUCCUGCAGCCAAGUCCAUGAUUGAGAUCAGCCGCACACAGGAUGAAGAGGUGGGUGAUGGGACCACAUCAGUCAUCAUACUGGCUGGAGAGAUGUUGGCCGUAGCUGAACAGUUUCUGGAGCAGCAGAUGCAUCCGACUGUGAUCAUCAGUGCCUACAGGCAAGCUCUGGAGGACAUGCUGGAAACUCUGAAGGAAAUCAGUAACCCCGUGGACACUUCAGAUCGCUCCAUGAUGCUGAAGAUCAUCCACUCUGCCAUCAACACCAAAGCUCUGAGCCGCUGGUCAGAACUGGCCUGCAGCAUCGCGCUGGACGCCGUUCGUACCGUCGAGCUGGAGGAGAAUGGACGCAAAGAGAUUGACAUCAAGAAGUACGCCAAGGUGGAGAAGGUUCCAGGUGGGUUCAUCGAGGACUCCUGUGUGCUGAAGGGAGUGAUGAUCAACAAAGACGUGACUCACCCGAGGAUGAGACGCAUGAUCAAAAACCCUCGCAUCCUCCUGCUGGACUGUUCCCUGGAGUACAAGAAGGGGGAGAGCCAGACUGACAUAGAGAUCACCAAGGAGGAUGACUUUGCUAGGAUCCUAAAGAUGGAGGAAGAGUACAUUCAGCAGAUCUGUGAAGACAUCAUCCGCCUCAAACCCGACCUGAUCUUCACUGAGAAAGGCAUUUCAGAUCUGGCCCAGCACUACCUGGUGAAAGCAAACAUCACCGCUAUUCGCCGUGUGAGGAAGACUGACAACAACCGCAUUGCCAGGGCCUGCGGGGCUCACAUCGUCAGCCGGACAGAUGAGAUGCGUGAGCAAGAUGUCGGUGUCAAGGCAGGACUGUUUGAGGUGAAGAAGAUCGGAGAUGAGUAUUUCACCUUCAUCACAGAGUGCAAAGAUCCCAAAGCUUGCACCAUCCUGCUGAGAGGAGCCAGCAAGGAGAUCCUGGCGGAGGUGGAGAGAAACCUGCAGGACGCCAUGCAGGUGUGUCGCAACGUACUGCUUGACCCUUUCCUGCUGCCAGGCGGUGGCGCUGUGGAGAUGGCGGUGUCAAAGCGUCUGACUGAGCGUUCCCGCGCUCUGACCGGCAUCGAGCAGUGGCCUUACCGUGCUGUGGCCCAGGCUCUGGAAGUCAUCCCCCGAACCCUGAUCCAAAACUGUGGAGCUUCCACCAUACGAGUGCUGACAUCACUGAGGGCCAAACACACUCAGGAGGACAGUGUGUGCUGGGGCGUCGACGGAGAAACCGGCUGCCUGUCCGACAUGUCCGUCCUUGGCAUCUGCGAGCCGCUGGCCGUGAAAGCUCAGACCUACAAGACCGCUGUGGAGACUGCCAUCCUGUUGCUACGUAUCGACGACAUUGUCUCUGGUCAAAAGAAGAAGGAAAAAGACGAGCAAAUGGGAGGACAGGGGGCCGAGUAGGUCCGGUUAGAUCCAUGUUGACCCAGAACAUCGGAGUCACUCCAGCUGUGUGUGUGUGUGUAAAACUCUGUAUGUGUGUGUGUGGGGACCAGAUGACUCGCUGAAACUUAAUAAAAACAAAGCUUGGAAACCUGA